AUGUUCACCACGCGUGCUCUCCGCCAGGCUGCUGCGCACGCCGAGCGCACCCCCAUGAUCAAGUUCCUUGGCCCUCGCUCGAUCCCAUCGUCCGUCGACCACACGCCCAAGCCGCACCCCGAGUCGCCCUCUGGCAAGCUGCCCGCCGACUUUGGAAAGAGCGGCAACUCGCACAGCUCCUUCUCCACCUACCGCGACCACGCCCAGCAGCACGGUCCCCUCCAGAAGAGCAUCCGCUCCAGCCAGGGCAUUGGCUCCGUGCCCGCCGCCGCCUUGGGCGAUAUUACCCCCCCGCAGGGUGUCUUCUUCGAUACCUCUGAGCUGCCGGCACGCUUCCAGCGGGCGCCCAUUGACUGGGCGGAGAUCGAGGCCGUCGAGUCGGGGGGUGCGCCCGCCUGGAACUGA